UGCGCGUCUCCGCCGCUGCCGCCGCCCAGCCCGGUCCUCCUCGGCGGCGGCGCUGCUGCUGCUGCUGCUUCUGUCAUCGGAGGCUGGGCCGAGGAGCCAACGAGGCGGAGGCGGCAGGCGCAGCGAGCAGCGAGGCUGGGAGGCUGGGAAGCCGACCCCCCCCCCUUUCCUCCUCUUCCUCCUCCUCCUCCCGCCUGCCUUCCUCUCGCCUGGCCGAGCGGCUGCCGCGGCCAUGACCGACAACAUCCCCCUGCAGCCGGUCAGGCAGAAGAAGCGGGCGGACAACAAGCACCGCGGCGGAUGUUGCGAGUGCUUAAGAUGUUGUGGAAGAAGAGACCCAAGGCCUCGAACGGUUUGGCUUGGCCACCCAGAAAAAAGAGACCAGAGAUACCCCCGCAAUGUCAUCAACAACCAGAAAUACAACUUCUUCACUUUUUUACCAGGGGUACUGUUCAAUCAAUUCAAGUACUUCUUCAACCUUUAUUUCUUAUUUCUGGCCUGUUCUCAAUUUGUUCCUGAAAUGAGGCUUGGUGCACUUUACACAUAUUGGGUUCCACUGGGUUUUGUGCUUGCUGUUACUAUCAUCCGUGAGGCUGUGGAAGAGAUCCGAUGCUGCAUGCGUGACAAGGAAGUGAACUCCCAGAUCUACAGCAAACUCACAGCAAGAGGGACAAUGAAAGUGAAAAGCUCCAGUAUUCAAGUGGGGGACCUUAUCAUUGUGGAAAAGAAUCAGCGUGUCCCUGCCGACAUGAUCUUCCUAAGAACAUCAGAAAAGAAUGGUUCCUGUUUUCUCCGAACUGAUCAGCUGGAUGGUGAAACGGACUGGAAAUUACGCCUGCCAGUUAGCUGCACUCAGAGGUUACCCACGGCUUCAGACCUUCUUCAGAUCCGCUCGUAUGUGUAUGCAGAGGAACCAAACAUUGACAUCCACAACUUUGUUGGGACAUUCACUCGGGAGGACAGUGACCCACCUGUGAAUGAAAGCUUAAGUAUCGAAAAUACGCUAUGGGCAAGCACAGUCAUUGCUUCAGGAACCAUUGUGGGAGUUGUUCUGUACACAGGUCGGGAACUGCGCAGUGUUAUGAAUACAUCAAAUCCACGGAAUAAGAUUGGCCUCUUUGACUUGGAAGUGAAUUGCCUCACUAAGAUUCUCUUUGGAGCCUUGGUGGUAGUCUCUCUUGUCAUGGUUGCUCUCCAACACUUUGCUGGCCGCUGGUACCUUCAGAUCAUCAGAUUUCUUCUUCUUUUCUCAAAUAUAAUUCCAAUUAGUUUACGUGUAAAUCUUGACAUGGGGAAAAUAGUCUACAGCUGGAUGAUCCGGAGGGAUUCAAAAAUUCCUGGCACUGUAGUUCGAUCCAGCACAAUCCCAGAACAACUAGGAAGAAUAUCCUAUUUACUUACAGAUAAAACAGGAACCCUAACACAGAAUGAAAUGGUUUUCAAACGUCUUCAUCUUGGAACAGUGUCCUAUGGAAUAGACUCCAUGGAUGAAGUUCAGAGCCAUAUAUUUAGUAUAUAUACUCAGCAGUCCCAUGAACCACCUGCUCUAAAAGGCCCAACUCUGGCUACCAAAGUUCGUAAGACCCUGAGCAGCCGUGUCCAUGAAGCUGUGAAAGCAAUUGCCCUCUGCCACAACGUGACUCCUGUCUAUGAAUCAAACGGUGUGACAGAUCAAGCCGAAGCCGAGAGGCACUAUGAAGAUUCUUGCAGGGUAUAUCAAGCAGCUAGUCCCGAUGAGGUGGCCCUGGUACAGUGGACCGAAAGCGUAGGCUUAACAUUGGUUGGCCGGGACCAGUCUUCUGUACAGCUGAGGACCCCUGGUGGCCACAUCCUAAAUUACACCAUUCUCCAGAUCUUUCCAUUCACCUACGAAAGUAAACGGAUGGGAAUCAUUGUUCGGGAUGAAUCUACAGGGGAAAUAACAUUCUACAUGAAAGGAGCUGAUGUCGUGAUGGCUGGUAUUGUUCAGUACAAUGACUGGCUUGAGGAAGAGUGUGGUAAUAUGGCAAGGGAAGGAUUAAGGGUCCUUGUUGUAGCAAAGAAAUCCCUAACUGAGGAGCAGUAUCAAGAUUUUGAGGCUCGCUACAUCCAAGCAAAGUUGAGUGUUCAUGACCGUUCGUUGAAGGUUGCCACUGUGAUAGAAAGCCUGGAGAUGGAGAUGGAGCUGCUUUGUCUAACUGGAGUGGAAGAUCAACUUCAGGCAGAUGUCAGGCCAACUCUGGAAACUCUGAGAAAUGCUGGUAUUAAGGUAUGGAUGCUCACAGGGGAUAAACUGGAAACAGCCACGUGUACAGCUAAAAAUGCACAUCUGGUAACCAGGACUCAGGACAUUCAUAUAUUUAGACUGGUGACUAACCGUGGAGAAGCUCACUUGGAGCUUAAUGCUUUCCGACGCAAACAUGACUGUGCCCUGGUGAUUUCGGGUGAUUCUUUGGAGGUGUGUUUGAAAUACUACGAGUAUGAAUUUAUGGAAUUAGCGUGUCAGUGUCCAGCAGUAGUCUGCUGCAGGUGUGCCCCAACACAGAAGGCUCAGAUUGUACGCUUGCUGCAGGAGAGAACUGGGAAGUUGACUUGCGCAGUAGGUGAUGGUGGCAAUGAUGUCAGUAUGAUUCAGGAGGCUGACUGCGGAGUUGGGGUGGAAGGAAGGGAAGGAAAGCAAGCUUCCCUUGCAGCAGACUUCUCCAUCACUCAAUUUAAGCAUUUGGGCCGGUUACUGAUGGUGCAUGGGAGGAACAGCUAUAAAAGAUCUGCAGCUCUCAGCCAAUUUGUGAUCCAUAGAAGCCUGUGCAUCAGUACAAUGCAGGCUGUCUUCUCUUCGGUGUUUUACUUUGCUUCAGUCCCUCUCUACCAGGGCUUCCUCAUCAUUGGGUACUCUACUCUCUAUACAAUGUUUCCAGUGUUUUCUCUUGUACUGGACAAAGAUGUCAAAUCAGAAGUUGCCAUGCUGUACCCAGAGCUUUACAAGGAUCUUUUAAAGGGAAGGCCAUUAUCAUACAAGACAUUUUUGAUAUGGGUUUUGAUCAGUAUAUACCAAGGGAGCAUUAUCAUGUAUGGGGCACUUCUGCUGUUUGAAUCAGAGUUUGUUCACAUUGUGGCGAUUUCCUUCACAUCCUUGAUCCUCACUGAGCUGUUGAUGGUGGCAUUGACAAUCCAGACCUGGCACUGGCUCAUGAUAGUGGCAGAAUUACUCAGCCUUUCCUGCUACAUUGCCUCGUUGGUCUUCUUACAUGAGUUCAUUGAUGUUUACUUCAUUGCAACCUUGUCGUUCUUGUGGAAGGUGACAGUAAUCACUUUGGUCAGCUGCCUUCCACUCUACGUCCUAAAGUAUCUGAGGCGAAGGUUUUCUCCCCCAAGCUAUUCAAAACUCACUUCAUAGGUGAUUCCAUCAAUGGAACAGAGACUUUUCUUUGUUUUUUGCACAAUACUCAUAGACAAAACCAAUGUGUAUUCAUCAUGGAAUCAGCUUCAUCCAGUAGAGGCACAAGGAUCAUACAUUGACUGGGGAAUGCUUCUGAAAAACUGAAAAACAGGUGGUUGAGCAGAAAGUCAGCAGUCAAGUAAGCUGGUAGAACAUAACAUAGGUGAGAUAGAUUUGUCACUUUAUAUUUAUUAAACUGAGGACAAAUGCAUGUAACUGGAAAGAGAAGCUAUCUUCUGGUGAGCAGCCAGCUUCUCUAGAAACUGCUGAGUUAAUCUAUUGAUGUGACAAAAAAAAUCAAAUGAAUUUUUCCUCUUUUUCCUUUUUUAAAUAUCCGUAUGUUGUUUUAUAUUACAGUUUAUUUUGUUGUUGUCUUGGCAAAUACUUUCAAAUUGGUGACAUAACAGACAGCUGUGCCAUGCAGCUCCCUUUUGAUGGGUUCCAACAUAAACCAAAGUUGCACAUUUCAACUAGUUAGGGUUUUCUUUGAUUCCUUUAAAGAAAACAACAACCCACAGUGAGUCUUCCCUGCUGUGAUAUUGCCCAAUUAUUUUAAAAAGGGAAUUGAUGUCAUGGACAAAGGGGGAGGGAAUCUGUUUUAUUCAGUGGAAGUGCUUUCUGGGGAGAAUUUUGUGGUCUUCAGACCAGCUGCAUAUUGUGACCCAGUUCCUGAAGGUAGGGGUGACCCAGGCAGAAAGCUAGCAUGGGGAUCCUAAUGUGAGAACAACACUCUGUUUUCAGGGGGAAAGCAGAGAAUGUGUUUACCUUUUAGCCUAAACCAAUUGUUAAUUCCAUGUGGAGUAGACCUAUUGAAUCCAAGGAAUUCACACAAGCAUUGACUUACCAAAUCCAGAUUGUUUUGGUGUGUGUAUUUAUUUAUUUAUUUACAUCACUUUUACCCCGCCUUUCUCCCUGAGGGGACUCAAAGCGGAUUAUAAUAAAUAGGCAAAAAUUCAUUGCCUAAAAACAACAAUUCAUAUAAAACAAUCUACAAAACAACAAUUCAUAUAAAACAGAUACCAUUCUACAUAAAACUUGUCCCCUGCUACAUAUUGUCCUGAUUUGCUCUCCACUUACUCUAAGAUUAAAAAUACAUCUGGCUACAAAUAUGGAGGAAUAAAUGGGAAAUGGAAGAAAAAAAAUACCAUCCCCUCCCUAUUUUCUGCUGCUUUUUCCUGCAAAAAUCCCACUCCACUUUACCAUUUAUAGAUAUGUACAUAUUUGCUUUGAUAAUGUAUAUUCCAUUCCAAUAUGAAGGUUGCUUUAGCCUGAUUAGGGUAUUUCAUUACAAUAUGCAGAUUGAGGAGGGUUCAUUCAGUAUCUCAGACCAAUAUCCUAGUUUCCUUCCACCUCCACCUUGACUUAUUCUUUGAGUUGCUUGCUGGCUCUACACAAACAGGUGACUGGAGAACUAGGACUGGGAAAUACAUUAUGUUAAAGUAUAACAUAUAUAGAGGAGAGAUGAUUGCUGUAGGAUCAUCAGAUGGCCAGGCUUAGCUGGCUGACAAUAUUAAUACCACUGACAUAUGACAACAACAAAAAAGAUGUCAACUUUCUUCAGCAUUUAAGAAGAAAUCUGAUGCUAAUUGUCCUUUUUUUAAAAAAAAGGGUCUGAAAUGUUAUUCCACAGCGACAGAUGCAUUAUGAAUCACUGGAUUCGAAAGGGAAAGGUCAUGGGAUUCUUGCUAUUUACCAUAACAUAUUUAGACAAUGUUUCCUGUUAAAGCCAAGCUGUGCAGAGAUCAUGGAACUAUACCAUUUCAAACUGCAGUUGGAGAGUCACUGUUGAAUUUUCCUCCCCUGUUCCAAACAAAUCAAAUAUUUUACUUCUCAGCAUAAAGGGUAUAAGGAAGAAAGCUGGAGGAUGUUUAAGGAUGUCCUUUUCCUGCACAAGUACUGUUAAUACUAUUGGGAGCUGAACAGGAUCAUGUUAAUAUAAAUGAUGGAUUUCACUAGUUGUUUUUAAAUCAAUACUGUUUACACUGAAUGAUCACAAUGCCAUGAGUUGUCAUAUUAACAAAUCCAAAAAGAAAGGGAAUUACUUGGAAUUAUGUUCAGUAAUAUUUAUUGGACUAAUGAUUAUGGAUCUUUUAUUUAGUGACAGUUAACUGUUAAAUAUUCUUUGUGUAAGACAUACUAUGGAACCUCUAUGAUCUAUUGCUCUUUUGUACCUGUCUUGCACAUGGUUGUAAUCCGUGAAGUAUCUUUUCUCUCAGAAUAGGCUAUUUAAUUUCGUAAGUGUUUGUAGGUGGGGUUUUUAAAAAAAAGAAAAGAAAAGAAAAGAAAAAAUGUUCAAAACAGCUAUUUGUACAAGCUGGUGGCACGAGUUCAUGUUUAAAAUUAUGAUUACUCGUACUAUUAUCAUAGCAUGUUUGGGUGGCUGCAAAAAUGGUCUUGUUUGGGGAGAAGACUGUACAUAUAGGUGGGUUCUACUGAAGAAAAAACUGAGAAAAUGCCCUUUUGUAAAUGACUUCCAUUUUGUGAGAUCUGGCAGUUCUUAUAUAUGGGGACCCCUCACAAUCCUAACCAUCUAAACUAGAAGUUUCUUGAAGGUAUAACUCAGAAUGAACUUGUUUAUUUUAACUGGGAUUGCCCUGGCAAAAUUCCCAAUGGAUUGUACUGCACAUAUUGUGAGAUACAGGACAGCUUGGCAGCUCAGCCUGAAAUGGAGAAACACUUACAGUUAUCUUUUGCUUUGUGAAGAUUUCUGAUAAAUGCUAAAUUUGCAGUUUAAAACAGUUUGUUUUUGCACUGAUACAAUGAUCCUCUUUUCAUGUGGCUAUUUCAUAAAAUAGAUGCAGUAUCUUAAGUUUCUGGUCCAUGUUUGGGUAUUCUUUGUCCUCUCCCACUUCAGAAUCAUAUGUUUCACACAUUUCCUAUACUUUUCUACAAACAACAGAAUAAGUGUGCAGUUGGAUGUGCAAGUGCUAUUGAGCUUAAUGGAUCAUAUACUACAGUAAGCAUGCAUAAAAAUGGGCUGGAAAGGCUACAUUUCUGUUAGCGUUGUACUGGCAACAUCGAACAAUUUGGAGAUAUAUCUACCAUGUCCCUUCUCUAAAUAACAUUAGAGUAUGGGACUGAUAGCUUUGGUACAAAAUCUCUCUCUCCUCUUUCUCUCUCAUCAUACACAUAUACUCAAGAUAAAUCUGUUAUUGAAAGGGAAAGCACACAACUUGCCAAUUAGUUAAUUUGUAAUGAACAAAUAUUAUUACAUCCAUCCUUUAGUAGCCAGUGUCUUAAUUUUUUCCCUCUUUACUAAUUGUUUCAGGUUUAGUGCAGAGAAGCUGUACAGUUUAGGUGCUAUGACACUUAUCAAGCUGCAUUUCACACUGCAUUUAAAGUCAUAUUAGAUGUGAUAUCCAGGAAGAGAGGCAAACUAUAUUUUCUCAGCAACACAUUCUUGAAGUUUGAGUUUAGGGAAUUGUCAUCCUUGAAACUUUAGGUAUGAUAAACGAUUUUACAUCACUUGCCUGGAAAAUAGCUCUAUGCUAUGAUGGUAAAAAUUUAAGUCCUUCUCCAAUUUUCAUUGAUGACUGAGCAUAUCUUUUUACAGAAUUUUCUGUUUGAAAAUUUCAGUAAGGCUUUUUCUUUUUGAAGAACCAUCUCAUGCUGGUCUUUGGUUCUUCAUUUUUAUAUUCAGCCUAGAACUAUCGUGUCAUAGUAUCAAGAGUGUCAUGCACCUUCCCAAAGUAAAACAUCUCCUGUCUUUUACCCAGGAAAGGUACUGAGUUCAAAGGGAUGCCACUACAUCUGGUGCUAGGUUUUCACCAAGGGAAAUCUCCACUCCUGGACACUCUUAAUGGAACAGUCCUAAGAAGACUGUGCCACACUUGUCCUUAAUAUUUGAACUGGCAUUCUGAUAUUAAAAAUCUUUUGUCAACUGUGAUCAAGUUGGUUGAAUAAUGUGUGUAUUUCUAUGCCUUCAGAUGUCGGAACAGAAGAACAAAGACUUUUCCCUCUUGUGUUAGGGGAAAUAGAUUCUCUUGUCAAACUAUUUGUGAUGCUGAUGUUUUAUACUUGUCCUCCUGUUAAUUCAUAUGUGCAUAUUCUUGAUGCAAGAGGAAUAUUAUACAAAUUAAUGAAUUGUCAUGUGCAGUUGUGUGUUUCAGAUGUGUAAGAACUUUUAAAAAGGGAAUGAUAUAAUAGGUAAAAUAAACAAAUUUUAUGCUA